AUGUUGCGUCAGGAAGUCGAGAUGGAAAACAUUAAGACGGUGCAUGACGGCGGAAACAAUCUGGACGAGUUCGAAAACAAGUUCGGUUCCAGCUCGCAACACAUGAGAGAAGCCGUCGUUAUUCAGGUACCUUUGUCAGCGUCAUGCAGCAUUUUGUGUAAAGCCGCGGAAGACCAGAAUGAGACAUCUUUUCGAAAGUGA